CCUUAAGUCUCAUGCUUCGCUGAGGACUACAAGUCCCAGCCUGCUCUGCGGCGGGUCCAAGUGCUGCGGACUCUGUCGGGAGUGCAGCCGGGGCUUGUAAGUUGUGAGAGCGAACGAGUGAAGGGAAUCGUCUCCGCGUCCUCCCGCUCCCGCAGCCUUUGCCCGCGGAACCCCUGACACUCGGCCGCAAUGGAGCGCUGGAACGGACGCGUGGCUCUGGUUACCGGAGCCUCGGUGGGGAUCGGCGCGGCCGUCGCCCGGGCCCUGGUCCAGCACGGCAUGAUAGUGGUGGGCUGCGCCCGUAGAGUGGACAAGAUCGAGAAGCUGGCCGCUGAAUGCGAGAGCGCAGGCUAUUCAGGCACUUUGAUCCCGUACAAGUGCGACCUAACCAGUGAGGAGGAGAUUCUCUCCAUGUUUUCUGCCAUCAAGACACUGCAUCAGGGUGUGGAUGUGUGUAUCAAUAAUGCAGGACUGGCCCAUCCUGAGCCACUGUUAUCGGGGAGAACAGAAUUUUGGAGAAACAUGAUUGAUGUUAAUGUGAUAGCAAUGGCUAUCUGUACCCGAGAGGCCUACCAGUCAAUGAAAGAGCGGAAUAUUGAUGAUGGACACAUCAUAAAUAUUAAUAGUAUGAGUGGCCACCGAAUAGUGCCAAACUCGGCCAUACAUUUCUAUGCUGCUACAAAGUAUGCUGUAACUGCCCUCACUGAGGGUUUAAGGCAAGAGCUCCGAGAAAACAAGACGCACAUAAGGGCUACGUCUGUAUCUCCAGGGCUGGUGGAAACAGAGUUUGCGUUCAGGCUUCAUAACAAUGACCCAGAAAAAGCUGCAGCGACGUAUGAGAGCCUUAAGUGUCUGAAGGCAGAGGACUUGGCCAAUGCAGUUGUUUACAUCUUGAGCACGCCAUCUCAUGUUCAGAUUGGAGACCUUCAAAUGCGGCCAACAGAACAACAGUUAUAGCAAUUGGAAACGCAACCAUACUCAACUAGCAACAUACGUAAUGGCACGAAAAUCUCUGCUGGACAGUUUUUUUUAACAAUAUUAUGCUAAGGAGUGUGUCUGAGAUAGGUGUUCUAUUUCAUUUGGCCAUACAUAAAUGGUAGAAUUUGUCUUCUGUUUGCUCCAGAUAUUCCUUGCCAGUACUGGGCAAACUUGCUGUAGGAGCAGAACCUGUUCUUUUAAGGCAAACCAUUUAACUAUUUAAUGUCUCCUCGAACUGCUGCAGAUCAUUUUAGUGCCAACUGUAGCAGUAAAGGUACAAAAAUGUAUGAAGGGUGAUUGCAUUUAUGUAUGUGGAGAAAAUGAUGCUUGACCACCUAACCUUUCAGCUCAUAGAGAUUUUUUAAAUUGUAAAACUGUGUGACUUUGUAGGUGUGCAUAUCUGCUGAUCUCCACACUGGUUUGCACUGAAAAUCCCGUUUAGUAAAGAUAAAUGAAAUUGUAAACUGUUUUCAAAGGAUUAUUUUAAAGGUAUAAUUGAAAAUUGAUUGUAAUAGAUAACUAGUCUCAUUGCUAUAGAGUGAUUACAUUAAUUACUUAUGUUUUUAUUGCUGCUUCAUUAUGGAUUAGAAUAAUAUUACACACCAGGAAAUAGGUUGAUCUAGUUUUUAUAUAUAUUUUUUUUAAAUACAGAGGAACCUAGAUUACAGAAUAAUAAUGAAACCAUAUGAUUCCAAAACAAAUUUUAAAGUUCUCUUUUUAGAUUCUCUUGACUAUUAAUGUUCAACUGUCUCUUACUGUUUUCUCUUCCUGACUGAAUACACUGAGAUGAUGAAUAACAACUGCACUCAGAAGAUUGCUGAAGAAAAUUGUUCCGUGGCCUUCAAUGGCCGUCAUCAUUUUAAUCCAAAAUUAAAGGAAAUUUUUGGGUUUUUAAUUUUAUUGAAAUUCAGACCACUCAACACGCGCCAAUACAUGUGUCUGCAACCUCUUGUAAUUUGUGAGUCUGCUUGCUAAUGAUUUUAGAUCUUGGUUUUCAUUUCAAUCUUAAAAGUUAAAUGAUAUGCAUGACUAAUGUCAUACAGACUAAUAAAUAUGUACUGUAAUUUAAAAUAACUAAACAAGAAAACAAUAUUUUGCUUCCCAAGUCUAUUGUUCAGCCAUGACUGAACACACAUUGCCAUUUAAUGAUCUUGUACAAAGUGCACCUGCAAUGUUUGGUUGUAACCUUGCGCCGUACUUCUAAGGAUAACAUCAUCUUUAUAUCAAGAGGCCAUCAUACAGCAGUGUAGUAGUUAAAUGUGAAUAAUUGAAGCCUGGAUAAUUCCACAUAACUUGUUUUGUAGAAAUACACCCUCUGGUGAUUCGAAUGCUAAUUUAGUGCAAUGGUGAAUUAUCCCUAAUCAAUAAAGUUUGAAAGGGGAAAUUUAUAUUAAAGAGGUUUAAAAGGAGCUUUUAUAUAAAUCUCUAGCAAGUUGUGGCAUGGUAGCAUAGUGGUUAGCACAAUGCUUUGCAGUACCAGUACCAGGGGGCUUGAUUCCCUCCGCUGCCUGUAAGGAGUUUGUAUGUUCUCCCUGUGACAGUGUGGGUUUCCUGCCACAGUCCAAAGACGUACUGGUUGUAGGUUAAUUGGUCAUUGUAAAUUAGGCUGGGAUUAAAUCGGGGGAAUUGCUGGCUGGCAUGGCUUGAAGAGCCAGUAGGACCUGUUCUGCUCUGUAUGUCAAUAAAUUAAAAAUACCUGCAGAUUAAGGAUGGGCUUCUUUCUUAAGAUUGUCUUAUCAUCCUGUUCUGCCACUUUAACCAUCAAGAUAUCACUGGGUGGCACUACCACUUUAACGCACAUAGCCCUCGUGAACUGUUCAAAGUGAACUCCAAUUAUUUAUUUGUUCUUAUUAGUGCCAAAUUAAAUUCAAAGUUACUAAUCAACUUCCUGCUGGAGCUGAUUCAGAAGAUCUUAUGUGAAACUUCUGUGAGUUGAAUUACCCAGCUCCUCAUAUAAUUCAAACAUAAUAUUUUAGACACAGUUUUGUCACUAAAUGCAACAUUGGCUGUUUUUAAACAUUUUAAAUAAAAUCAAAUAAAUAAGGUAAGAGAAUGUGUAUAGUAAACCUUUAGCCUUUGCAAGUUCUAGAUUGUUGAGAAUGUAUUUGUUUUUCUGCAACAAUGCUGGACUUUUAUUAUACUUUUUCCUUCCGCCAUCUCUUAAGAGUGCAGGUGGACAAACGGAAUGGGAAACUUCUGCCCAGAUUUAUGAUUCUAUCCAUUAUCUAAUUGUCCCGUUGCAAAGUUUGUGCAUGAGUGGGUAUUUUCUCAUAUGGUUAGAGUGGGAGAAAUAAAUGGAGAUUGACCACUACUUGUUUCUAAAGUUCGAAACUGCCUGCUGACUUGUGUAAGUGUGCAUUCUCCUGUUAUAACAGGAGUCAACCUGUACGGCUACCAACCAGUUAUAUUCUUGCCUGGCCUAUCAAUGUAUUUGCUUUACUGCUGAAAUCAUUGAGUAAUGAUUCGUGCCUGGAACUUGAGCAGGGUUUUCUAUUUUUCAGCACUGUAUCCUAGUAAGUCCAGAACUCUGAACCAGUGGUAUAAGUAAUAGUUUGCUUAUUCUCUGAAUAAUAUUUCAUACAAAUAGUUGUUGUCAAACAUGGAGAAUGAUUUCUGCCUUGGUGUAACCAUCCUAACUACAAAAUUUCCGCAUUGAUGCAGUAAUUGAGAAAAGUUGCACAAUACCAUUGUAUUGUUCAUGGCCUCCAAAUAACAUUCUCAUUCUGCACGGUGUUACUGAAUUACUUAUCUAUGUAUUGGUGUUGAAUAUGUGAAAACUGAAUAACGAUAAAAUAGCAUUGAUGUGGCUUUGAGAGCUAACGAUCAAGCCUGCUUGAUAUAACCAUGUUGUUUAUCUUUCUCAACCAUCUAAAUUCUAGGCAUGAUCCCAAUUUGUCAAAUCCCCUAAAAUUGUGUUUUCCACUUUCUAAGUGCUCGACUGCCCCCCUUCACCAUGAACUGAAGCAUGUGUUCAAUUCUGUUAUCUAAAUACCCAUGAUAUUUUAAAAAAUGCAUUUAUUCGCUAAGCAAUAUUCACAUGAAUAAUUCAACGUCAAAUAUGAAGAACAGUUACUGCCAUGCAAUGACCUUGAGAACUGUUUGUAAAAUCUAGUGCUCGUGCAAAAAUCACUUCAUACUCUUGUUUCUAUAAGAUACAAGUCUAUAAGAUAUAAGUCUGCACUUGAAAUACAGUUCACACAUCUGUGAAACCUUUAUAUUGUCCUUAACUGUGAAUGAACACUACUGUCUUGGCAGCAAGGUUAAUAUCUCAUAUGCUUUGGUAAUACAAGAUUUUCUUUUAAUAUGUGUAUAGUUUUUUCAUAGGUUAUUUGCAUAAAUGAAAAGCCACAUGAAGUCCCCUGGGUAUGAAAUGUCACUGUCAUCCAAAUCUGUAUUCUGGUUUAAUGCUCUGCCAAUUACUGGUGUAACUGCUGAAAAAGUUGAGGUUCACCAGCAUGAAUGCUGGGACAAUUAUCAAAUGCUAAAACUAAAAGUUAUAGCCAUUUAAACUUUCUCCAGAUUGUUUAAUAGUCCAUACUGUGUUAUUUCACUUUCAAUUAAUUACAUAUAUCAUUAUUAAUUACAUAUAUCAUGGCUAGUACAUUUUCAAGGCUUGUUGACAUUUCAUUCAAGAUGGUUUAAUGUCAUUUCCAGUACACAAAUGUAAAGGAGAACAAAAUAGUUGUUACUCUGGAUCCGAUGCAACACAAAAAAAACAAUAAUAUAAAGAAUGCAAUAUUUUAAAAAAACAAUAUAAAUACAUAAGAUAACUUGUAUAUAUUGAUUGUACAUAAAAUGAUACUAGGUACAGGAGUGUCUGUACAAAAGGUGGCUCUGACAAGAAAUGAUAAAUUAGUUGGGGGGUGGAUAGAGGUGUUGAUCAGCCUUACUACUUGGGGAAAGUAACUGCUGUUGAGUCUGGUGGUCCUGGUGUGGCUGCUACAUAGCCUUCUCCUACAUGCUAGCCUUAACCUGGCGCGUGUGUGUCUGUCUGUCUGUCUGUCUGUCUGUCUGUCUCUCUCUCUCUCUCUCUCUCUCUCUCUCUCUCUCUCUCUCUCUCUCUCUCUCUCUCUCUCUAUAUCUAUAUCUAUAUCUAUAUCUAUAUCUAUAUCUAUAUCUAUAUCUAUAUCUAUAUCUAUAUCUAUAUCUAUAUCUAUAUCUAUAUCUAUAUCUAUAUAUAUAUAUAUUUCCUUGAUAACCAGUAGGCUGGAGCCAGUGAUGCGUUGGACAGUUUAGGGUGCCCUAUACUGUGCAUCUGUAAAAGGCCACGAGUAUAGAUGUGCAUAGUUCAGCUCUCUUCAGUCUCCUCAGAAAGUAGAGGUGUUGGUGAGCUUUCUUGAUCGCGUAGGAUGUGUUCUGGGACCAUCAGAGGUUGUUUGAGAUAUGAACUCCCGGGUGUUUGAAACUGCUGUGCUGCCGACGUAAAGAGGGGUGUGAGUGAGGUGAUUUCAUCACCUGGUUUGCAAAUAUUUACAGACAAUAAGUUGAAUUGUUGCCACUUGGAUAAUCACUGCUAGGAGCAAGUAAUGAAAAUAAUUAACUUGUGAAGUUUGAAGGCACAUCUACAUUACAGACGUUCAAAAGAUUGACCCUUGAUUUUCACUGCAGCAAAUUUAGUAAAUUCCCUUUUAAAUGCUGGUUAUAAAUUUUAAGUAGAAUACUGUUCAACAUAGUUGGUUAGUCUGAGCUGAAAACUUGUGACUUCCAGCUAGGGAACAUUAUCUUUACUCGGUUGAGCAUCUAUUUUUGUUAGUUCAGAAAUGUUCAUUUGUUCCAGCAGCAUAGUUGCAAUUAUCCUUAUUCAUGAAAGAUGACCAAGGUUUAAAAUCCCAUUUUCACUGGGCAAAAAUUUGUAAUGUUAAAAAAUCCCAGCUGUUUUGUCCAUGAUUUUAAAAGCAUUCAAACGGUGUAGAAUCUGCACCUCAUUCUUUUUCUCAAACCCUAAUUCUUCACUUUUGUUUGCUAACCACGGAUAAUUAGUGCUGGAUCAAUUUAGGUAAAUUCAACAGAUUAAUAUUUAAUUAUUCCUGCCUCUGAUCUGAUCACUGUCAUCAAAUAAUAGAAAACCUUCAUUUAUUAAUUUCAUUCUGUGUUGUCCUUCUAUAAAGUUAGGCUUUCUUAAUGCAAAAGUAAAUUCAUUUGUACUUCAUAUGGGCAGAAGACGAAAGUGUUAGCAAACCUCUAUUGACCUAGAUAUAUCUUUGUGAUGAAUUAUCGUGAAAAAUUGUUCACUAGCAAACUCUUUCAAUUCUACUCAUGUUAACUUGGUUUGUCGACAGUUUUUAUAUUUAACAUGUGGAGUUAGUUUUGAAUAAAUGCAAGUUUUUCAAUUAUUAUUUAAUCAACACUAUUGUACUGUUUCUGUAGAAGUUGACUGAUGCUGCUAAAUUAACAAAUGUGAAGUAUUUCUUGAGUCAAUAUAUAAUAAAUAACUUUUGUUAUGAUACUGGAUCUGCUGAAUAUUGUGAAAUCACACUCCGGUGAAAGUUCUGAUCAUUAGAUAAGGACAGUAACAAAGUUAUUGAAAGAAUGCUUUGAUUGCAAGUGUUAUGUAAAAUUGCAACCUUACCAGUUUCCUUUGUCUAAUGUUCAUGUUACUUUUGCAUUGUGCACAUUAAAACACCCAAUAUAAAUAUUGUAUUCUUUCGUACAAGUGUUGUUAAGUUGGGAUACUUGAAGACACUCGAUGCAACUUUAAAAGGCACUUUGUUCCUCAUAGCUUUAUAUUUGCAUUUUAACAAUCACAUUUUAUUGCUCUAGUUCAAGACUUCCCAACCUGGGGUUCAUGGUAUAAAAAAAGUUUGUGAAUGCUCCAGUUUGUCACGAAGGAGUCUCCUUUUUCAGCAGGUCACAUUGUGAACAAUAACACAGCCGUGGCACAGCUGUAGCUUAUAGAAUUGUUUUGAUAUUUGUCACACUUAUCCAACUUCAUUGCAAUACUAUUUCCGGUUUCUUUAUUGUGACUU